CAUAGAUAAAUGGUGUGAGCGGUUAUUUUGUUUUAUGUUGUUAUGUGGUCCGGAAAAUUCGUUUUUUCACGUGAAGCAGACCUUUGUCAGUGUUUCCGUGCAUCGGUAAAACCACCUAACCUCACUUACUGAAAGUCUAGUACCAUGGAUAUUUCUCACAAACUGGACGACUGUUGCACUUUUUUAGAGUCACACAAAGUGACUUCACGUAAAGAAGGCUGUAGCAGUUUAAACGCCUACAUCGAUCAACAUUCCACAAUUGAGUUUUUGAAUAAUGAAGGGGUUGACUGGUGGCCCAAACUAUUGUCUUCAAUCCAGAGCGCCAUGGCCAAGGAUCACAACAAGAUCUUAGAAGACUCUCGCAAGAAGGGCACGAACCCCGUAGCCCCCCAAAGUGUCGACUUAUUUGAGCAUUUCGUGCGAGUGGCUAUUAAAUAUAGUUGUGGGUUAAAUUUUCGCAAAAUUUUUUGCUUUAUAAUUGAGGAGUUGCACGACGGGAAUAAAAAGUACUUUCAUUACAUUUUCUUAAAGAUUAUUUCGCAAAGUUUUCUCUCUAAUCCGAAAAUUCGGAGCUUGUUACAAGGACAGGACUGGGAAGGGCUUUACCUCAUAUUAAAAACAUUGAAAACAGAGGAUUUGAAGUGCUUAGCGCUUGUGAUAAAAUGGGGGCCUUUACAUAAACUCUCUGUGAGUUUGUUAAGGGGUGAAUUUGGUUUUGUCAAGGAUUUGUGUCACGAGAUGUCGUCAUUGGCACCCAAACCACGACAGGAAACUCUUCUCGAACUUGUCUACGAUUUUUGCCAAAACACGGCGAAAGACAACAGAAUGGCCUGCUGUAAAUUGGGUGAAGAUAUUUUCAAACAAAUCAUCACUUUCUAUGAACGAAACUCGAAUGAUAGUAAAAUAAAAUUGAAGAUUAUUGAUUUUUUCUUGUUACAAAUGGCCUUGCACCAUCCUGGUGGAGCUAAAUUCGGCGACCCUGCUGCUUAUGCUGUUUCAUCUGACGUGUGGCAGCAUUGUCUCUCAAACAUUUACGACAUUCUCACCAAUGAAAUUGAUAACAAUCUUGGACGAAUGAAUCGAAAUCAGUCUUUUUUUAUAGUAAAUAAUGACAUUUUACAGCUGAGUCAGACUUUCACUUGUCUUUUUGUCGGAGUUUGCAGACAGUUAUUUGUCGGUGACAUUGACUUUGAAGAACCGGUAACCAAACGCGGGCGAAUCGAAUUCAGUUUUGCCAACCUAAUUCGAAAAAUAAAUAACACCAAAUCGUGGCUAUGGAUGAGUUUAACGUCAAGUUUCAUUGAAUCAUAUCCAAAUAUGGUUAAUGAAAACGAUUACGUUACACUUUUAAAGCUGUUGACUUCAUUACAACAUGAAAAGGAACCGACACUUGUCCACUAUAUUUACAAACAAUUGAAUGUAUUAAAAAAAAUUGAACGUCACAUAAAAGUGGUAGGAAGCGACGAUUUAUGGAAGGCGACUUUACGUCAAAUUGGAAUGAAUCAAGCUAACGAUGAGGUUCAAGUGCUUUUGCAGCAGCUGCUGGCAGAAAAAUAUAUCACGAGUCAUGAAAUUUUAUUUCAGUACUUCCAACCGUUCAUAACACUAAAUGUAACUAAAUGUAACUUAAGAACACUAGAAAAAGCCUUUACAAGUUUCGUAAAUUUGCAACAUGACACGAGUUUCAAAAGUAACGCCAUUUCUUGGAUUUUAAAUAGGGGCGCGAAACUUUUCGAUGACAUUUACAUCGCCGAGAUUCUCGUACGUUUGAUUAUGAAACAAUGGACGAGCGAUACGUAUCGCCAACUUGAAGAAAAAAAGCGAAUUUUCGACGAUAUUGAAGAUAUUUAUUUGACAAUUUCAUUUGAACAUCUCUUAACUUGGGAAAGAGAUAUUAAAAAAGAGGUUGAUAUUACUGUCUGUGUCGAACAAAUCCUAUUUGAUACUCUAAUCACACAACUAACAAAUUUGAAUUGUGGUGACACUACUGAAGAAUUAUUAAAUGUCACUCUUUUGACAUAUCAUGUUCUUAGUUUUUUGCACAAAUUUGACAUUAUCGACUCUGAAUCAACCUUAUGGAAUUUUUUUGCAAACUGUACGAAAAAUCUCUUUGAGAAAGUAAGCCUAGAUUUAAUAACACUAAGUGAACGUGGCUUGCAGAAACUUAAUGAUGUUGUGAAAAAACUGAACGUUUUAUUUUGUACAAAUGUCAGUGAUUUUUGUGUCAAACAAUUGCGGGCAUUCGUAUCAGAAGACUUGAUUAAGGCAAUGUUUGUUGGAUUGCAUACAGAAUCUGACGAUGUAUCACAUGAGGACCCUUUUCUCACAUUCCGGAAAAGUUUAAUCGAGACUUUAGUCAGUUUUUCGUGUCUUCCGAGUUGUGGUGAUUUGCUUCCGAUCCAGCAAAGGGCACUUUCGGCUCUUAUCGAUUACGAGUACGAUUGCUCUUACGAUUCCGACUACCACCUCGUCUUAGCCCUUUUACACUCAAUACAGUCUUGCCAACCUAAAUCCUUGGAUGAAAAAACUUUACUUUCAAUUUUUAACAUCUUCCAGAAAUUCUGCGAAAUACACUAUCAUUGUUAUUUCAGUGCUGUCGAGAUUUUAGGUUUGUUCUACAAAAUAUAUCCAUUUGUAGCCUCGUCCGAUUCUGAUUUUUGUAAGAGUCAAUAUGUUGAAGUGUUGUUUCCGUUUUUUCUUAAAAGGGCCGAUUACGGCCCCGAUGUGUCCAAUGAAUUGUUACAGUGUAUGGGUUUGUUGUUUGAGCUCGAACCGAACUGUCAGUUUUCGCGCUGGUCUAACGAGGAAAUAGUUUUGAAAAUACCAGAGUUUUUGCAAAACGACUUCCAGGAAGUUAGAUUUAAUGCAAUUAGAAAUUUGGCAAGGUUUUUUAAGUUGGCGUCGGAAACGGGUCGUUUAGAGCAGUUUCAUCGUCAGGAAAUCAUGUUUUCUGUCGUUUCAGAUAUGAGUUUGAAACUUUUUGAAAUUGAAGGUAACGUCACACAGGAACGAGUCAUCGACGAAACUGUCACUCGAUCGACGACCGUUUUACAUUUGUAUGCCUCUAUAAUGCUCGCAUCACAUUUGUGGAUCGAAGAAGCACUAUUUGCAUUGCUCAAAAUAUUCUGUGAUAAAAAGUUAGAUUUAAGUCAAGUUGGACGUGUUAUUGAAAUGGUUGCCCAUAAAUUAGGUUUCAAUUCGGGUUUAAACUUUUUAGAGAGGUAUUUAGUCGGAUUGGUUAAUUCGUGGAAAAAUUUCGACAUGAAUAGAUUCCCGUAUGGAUUGUACAAUUGUGAUUCUAAGAUAGAGUUUUACACGAAAUAUUGGACUUUUCUUGCUCCUCUUAUUAUUGAAGAAGACAUAAACGACUUGAAUCAAGUCGCCUUGAAUUUAGGAAAAACCCCCCAAAAACUAAUUGAAGACACUUGUCCACGGUUAUUGAGUUAUUGUUUGAGUCAAGAAGUUUCAAAUUUAACUCGAAUUACUGCAAACAACAUUUAUAUUCAUUUGAGUAACACUGUUGGAGUAUCAAAAUGCCGUGAAAUUUUUAAAAGUAACAUCGAAGAAGUGAUUUUAAAUCUCGCAGAGUUUAUCUGUGACGAAAAACAGUUCCAAACGUUCUUUUCACGAAAUAUUAUUUUCCCCAAAAACAAUUCGACUCGUUUGACGGUCGAUGAUUUUUACAAUUGUCUUCAUUUUAUUGAGAAUACACUGUAUGAUGAAAAUUCCGUCAUAGCCGACUUGAUGUCUCACAGUCCGGCAAAAAUUCACUUUAUUUUGUUACAAAUUAACUUGAGGAUUAGCGCGGAGCUUACAUUGGAGGAAAAAUUACGUUACUUUCAGAUUUAUUCUAUUCUUGUCACUUUAUGCGUGGAAGCGGUAAUGGGGGAACCCUCAAUGCAGCUUUACUUGAUUCGCGACUUGACCCACACUCUCUUACAUCACAUAAAAAACUACAAAAUUUACUCACAAUUGAGCGAAAUUAGUUGCAAGUUUUUCAAAAUGGUGUUGAAAAAAAUCCUACCGGAUUUGGCAACUAUGAUUAAGGAUUUAUUCCCUGUAAUUGUUAGUCGGCUCAGAAACAUCGCACUCGAGGAUUGCCAAAUCAGCAGUUUGUGUGUUGGCAUGCUUGAAUUCCUGAUAGUCGAUCAUAAAGAUUUGUUUUAUGACGAAAUUCAAAAACUGGAUUCUAUUCCCGAGAUAUCGAAAUUCGCGAAAAUUUUUUCAGUUCAUUACGAAAUCAAAUAUGGAAACCGAAAAGUCACACUCAACGAUGAGAUUUUGCAGUUUUUGACUUUUGCUGAAAAUAUAGAAAGUGUCGACGAGUGCCAACAUAGUUUGACACAUCUCCGAAAGUUACUAACGGACAGAAAAGACCAAUUGAAACAAUUGUACGUUGACUUGCAUCAAACUCGGGGAUUUUCCGAAGAUUGUGAGAAUAGUAUUUUGCAUAAGUUAAUUUGUAUGCUAAUUACGUUCAGUUGUUCGACCAAUCGGGACGUUCGAAAUGAGGCCGUGAGGUGUUUGGGCGAAAUUGGUCCCGCUGAUUUGGGAACUUUGAUUUUAAAACCCGAGAAAGCAAUUCCCGAUUCGAAAUUGACACCGUGGGAGUUGUUACUCAGAUUUUCUCUAUCUUUACUUUCGAAAUUUAUCAUAGAUUCGGACGCAACUGUGAUAAAAGUCGCCUCGAUAGCACUCUUUCAAAUAUUGUCAACGAAAGAAGGCCGAAAAGUACAAACUGAUACCAAUUGUCAUUACUUGACGCCAUUUUAUUCGAUGAAGGUCAGUCAAAGCUCUUUCAAUGAUUGUAUAGAUGUUGACACUUUUUUGAAAGUUAUAAACGACGAUGAUUUGUGGAUUCCUGUCCAGUGUACUCACAGUACAUGGAUAACUAGAUUAGUAACUGGCUUUUUGCGUACUUUUCAAGAACGGUCAUUGUGUAAUACUUUUAUUGACGUAUGUAAAGUCAAGACUGAGUUUUCCGAACAAUUUUUACCAUUACUAGUCUAUCAUAUUCUUUACUCGAACAUAAAUACUUGUACCAACUUAAUAACGUCAAAAAUCUCACUCUUUUUUAAUAAACAUUGGAACAUUACUGUCAAACAUGAAAAUUGUGACAGUAUUACUGUCAACAAAGCAUCAGUCCAAACAAUGUUGGAUGUAGUUCAUUUUGUUCGACUUCAACAAAACGUCCGAAAAAAGCAAAUUAUUUUGAAUUUGGAUUAUCUAAAAAUGGCCAAAGCGGCCCACUUUUGUACCGCCCACUUUACCGCUCUUCUUUAUGCCGAUUUGUGGUGCCAAGCGCAGAUUGACCAAUCACCGAUCGACUACGCUCUUUCCUCUUCAACUUACACCAGUCUUGAUCUCAUUUACGAAAAGGUAGACCGAACCACUGGUCAGGCCCUUCAACACAUCCUCCGAGAGGCGUACAAAGCAGUGGGCGAACGUGACGCUCUCCUCGGCUGUGGCUCCUCCCACUUGCUAGAUGCCACGACGCGGGUGGAGCACUACAAGGAGUUGGGGAGGUGGGACCAAGUGACACACUAUUACGAGAUGGAGGUGUCAACGACGGGCGGGGCCGGUAUUCGUCCAUUGGUUGAUAGUUUAAUUAGAGGGAAAAUGUAUCAGUUGAGUUUGUUUUGUUCAGACGCUUACGGGGAACCAAAUUAUGAGAGUUUGUGGAGGUUGGGAAAGUGGGAAUGUAACAAAAGGGAGAAUUCCGAGGAGGUUUAUUAUGAUAAAUGCAAGUUUUACGCGAUUAAAGCGUUGAGGGAGGAGGACGAUUUUGGAUUUCUUGCGGCGUUGGAAGGGGGCUGGGAAUGUGUUGUAGGGGAGUUUAUGGGGGCUAAUAUGGAAAGUAUCAAACAUUUUUAUGAUGCUUUUGGAAGGUUGCAAGCACUGAAAGAACUUGAAGACUUUGCGAAGGCUUUGAGUGAGAAUAAGUUGGCAGAACUACUUGUCAAGUGGAAAUUGCAAGAUGAAAUUAUUUCUAAUGAAUAUGGUUACAUCGAGCCGAUUCAAGCCCAAAGAAUCGUUCUCUUAAGAGACUUGUUGACGAAAAACCUAACUUUGAAUGAAGUUAUGAUGGACAUGAUUAUACGUUACGCACAGUUUGCACGAAUUGAGGGUAAUUCGUUUGAGGCGUCUCGUAUUUUAAAACAACUGAAGUCUCUUAAGCUUUCAAAUGAUGUUGAAGCGAGAAUUCAGUUUGAGGAAGCUCAACUGUGUUGGAGUAUAAAAGAUAACGUCACUGCAAAAUGCAUUCUGAAACAGUUUUGCACCAAUGAGAACAUUGAUCCGAGAUUACACGCAAUGGCUUUGAAAAUGACAGGCGAAUGGAUGGCAGAAAGUUCAUCUGAAAAUUACCAAACAAUUAUUCAAAAUUAUUUUCAAAAAUCGCUAAAUCUACUCAAAACAACUAUGGAGAAGUCUGUCGAGGACCAGAAAUCAAUCCUUGAUACAUUCCACCAAUUGGCGAAAUUUGCCGAUCAAGGAUAUCAAGAUGUAAUGUCUCACAUCAAGUCGGACAUUUUUCAGAAAAAGAAAGAAAACAUGAAUAAAGCGAAAGAGACCGUCAGUAAAAUCAAUCUGAAGAAAGCGACAAAAGACGAACGCAAAGCUGUCGUAAUUAAAGAAAAACAUUGUUGCAUCGACGAGAAUGAAAUCAGGAGUAUAGAGGCCGAAAAAAACGUUUUGCUCCAACUCGCACUUCGAUAUUAUUUACUGAAUUUGAUAGGAAGUGACGAACAUAACAUAACAAUUUUUCGCCUUAUCUCACUCUUACUCGAAAAUCGGUCUAAUGAUCUGAUUCGAACCUUUUUAGAAAAAGACGUAUUGAAUAUUCCUACCUAUAAAUAUAUAUCAAUCUUGCCACAGAUUGUACCGCAUAUUGCAGGCGCCACUUGUGAUAUAUUCGGCCAAACUGUUAAUAAUAUAAUCGAGAAGUGUGCUAAAGACCAUCCAUAUCACACGCUCCCCUCAAUCCUCGCUCUCACUUUGUCUAACAAAGACCGCGACUAUGCCGAAUCGAAAACCGCUGUGAACGACGGUAGGGAUAAAAACUCCAGAACCAUUCUUGACCGUUUGAAGAAAACAGAUCGAAAUUUAUCGAAUUUGAUUGAACGAAUGGAAUUUGUAUCCGAGGCGGUGAUUGAAUUGGCGUAUCACAAAAACGAUUCCGAUGAUGGUAGUUACAAAGUGCCAAAACGUUGCAAGAUUUGUAAAAUACAAAACUACGACAAUGUUCUUGUGCCGACUUACAAUCUCGCAGUUUCUAAAUCCUGUACGUAUCAAAUCGUUGGGAUUUCGCGAUUUGGUAAUUCCUAUCAGAAUGUGGGAGGGAUUAACGCCCCCAAGAAGAUUAUAUGUAGAGGAACAGAUGGGAAAAAUCGAACCCAACUAAUUAAAGGUAGAGAUGACUUACGGCAAGAUGCCGUUAUGCAACAGGUAUUUACCAUAAUGAACAGUCUUCUCAAUGUCAACAAACAAACUCGAAAUUUGUUAAUCCGGACCUAUAAAAUUGUGCCUUUGUCUAAGAGGAGUGGCAUCCUUGAGUGGGUGGACAAUACAAUGCCCUUUGGUGUAUAUCUAACAGGUGAAGAUGGAGAUGGUGGUGCACACGUUAAAUAUCGGCCAAUGGAUCGCAGGCCUCGUAAAUGUCGUGCGGAUUUUAAAAAUGCCGCAAAUUCGUCGAACGAGGAACGUCUCCGCAACUUUAACAAAAUCUGUCAAAACAUCAAACCAGUUUUUCAUAAAUUUUUUGAAUCGGCUUUUCCACAGCCUACUGUAUGGUACGAGCGUCGCCGGGCGUACAUUAACAGUGUUGCCACGUCAAGUAUGUGUGGCUACAUCUUGGGUAUAGGCGACCGUCACGUCAGUAACAUUCUAAUUGAUAAAAGUACUGCUGAAGUUGUCCAUAUUGAUUUUGGUAUCGCGUUUGAGCAAGGUCGGGUACUUCCAACGCCUGAAACCGUUCCAUUUCGGUUAAGUCGGGAUAUGGUGGAUGGAAUGGGUGUGUCUGGAGUGGAAGGAGUAUUUCGUAGGGCAUGUGAAAAAACAGUUGAAGUUUUGAGACAGAAUUAUCAGACCAUUAUAACCAUUUUGGAAGUUUUAUUGUAUGAUCCGUUAUAUGAUUGGACGGUGAGUACUGCCGAGGCGAAUAAAAGACAAAAAGUUGAUUUGGAUGACACUUUUUUCAAUAUGUCAUUUGAGCCAGAUGAAAUUAACAAAGAUGUUAAUGUGACCGCAGAACGGGCCUUGUUGAGAUUAAAGGAUAAGUUACAAGGGCUGGAGAAAGGCAAAUUAAUGACAGUUGAGCAUCAAGUGGAAACACUGAUCCAGCAAGCUAUGGAUCCGGCGAAUUUGUCGAAAUUGUUUCACGGUUGGCAACCCUAUCUCUAAGUCUAAAACGUAUUUGUUAUCUAUUUUUGUACUGUUUAUAAUAAAUUUUUGCAUUUUA